ACGGAGAAAAGAUGGGAUUUUGAAAAGUGGUUUCCUUUUCAAUUUUGGAGUCUGACUCUCUUUCACAACUCCCUCCCGCAACUCGCACCAUUCUUUCUAUCUUCCAACUUCUAAUAACCUCUCAUAUUCCUUCCUUUCCUUUCGAUCUCCUCUCCUUCUCUAUUUCUUUUCUUUUCUUUUUCCUCACCUCCCCUCGUUAAAGAUUCUUCUAUAUACACACCCACAGAUAUACAGAGUUAGAGCCAAACCAUGAACGGCAAGGCUAGUGUUUCCAGAGAGCUCAAUGCAAAACACACCAAGAUACUCGAGGGGCUACUUAAAUUGCCAGAGAACAGGGAAUGUGCCGAUUGCAAGAGCAAAGGUCCAAGAUGGGCUAGCGUGAAUCUAGGAAUCUUCAUAUGCUUGCAAUGCUCUGGUGUUCACCGAGGCCUUGGAGUACAUAUAUCAAAGGUGAGAUCCGCGACUUUAGAUACAUGGCUCCCGGAGCAGGUUGCAUUUAUCAAAACAAUGGGAAACGAGAAAUCGAAUAGCUAUUGGGAAGCUGAACUACCUCCCAAGUACAACAGAGUUGUUGGAAUCGAAAAUUUUAUCCGUGCAAAGUAUGUGGAAAAAAGAUGGAUUUCGAGAGAUGGGAAUAGAAAAAUCUCUACGCCAGACAGAGAAGAGCAAUCAAAGAAGCUCGAUCCUGGGACUAGAAAACGAGUUGGAUAUGCAAGAGAGUGCAAUCGAUUCCCUGACGAGAGGGAAAACCAAAAGCCACCCAAUUCAGAUAUAACUGCAGUCCUUCGAAAGAGCACAAGCAAUCCUGGAUCUUCUAUAUCUGCAAAGAAGGUUAGCAUGGAUACCAAGCCAGUUGUCUCAAAUUCAAAACCAGCCAACCAAGAUGUUGAAAAGGAAAAGCCAAGAACUGAAGCCUUUCAAGAUACCUCAGGCGAAAAGUCAAAUUCGACUUCAUUUGAUUCUGAAAGGGCAACUCCGAGCCCCAGUGUUCCUGAAACAUCGACCCUGAAAGUGAUUGAAAAUUCAAAACUAGCCUCCUCUGAGGUCGAAAAGACAAAACCAAGAGACAAUGGCCAACCGGUUUCCUCAGUACCUAAAGUUGAUUACGCUACUCAACUCUUUAACAUGCUCUUCAUGGAGGAGCCUAAAGAAAACGACAGCAAAUUGACUGCUCCUGCUGUGGAAUCUCAAUGUAUGUCGCCCCUUUCAAAGCCCUCUGAAGAGCCUAAACAAGAUUACAAAAAAGCGUGUGCUCCACCUGUGGAAUCUAACUGUACGUUAGUCCUUUCAAAGCCAGUUGGUUCUAGACAAGCACAACCAGUUGAACAGCAGAAUGUUUCCUCCACCGUCACAAAAGGCAAAAACAAAUUCGAUCCUGGGAUCGAAGAACUGAUGAAAGAUUUCAAUUGGAAUACCCAACCUGCUAAGAUUACGGUCUCACCCGCUAUCCAUCACCAACAACUUGAGAUGCAGGCUCAGCCGCCUCGUCAUUUGGCUGCUGGAAGCAUGCCUUAUGCUGCUCCGCAAAUCCCAUAUCCACACACUCCCUAUGGUAACCAUUUAUCUUCUCAGAGCUGGCAAAACAACGGGGGUCAAGUCCCCGGAACAAUGUUUAAACAGGUUGGAAAUGUUCAACCUUCACCUCUUGCUGUUUCUUUGGUUCCUUAUCCAUAUUCCAGCAUGUAUACUGCAAUGCAAGUAGCCCCAGUUCAUGGAAUCACAGGUGCCGGAAUAAGUAGGCCGCCGUCUUCUCUGCCACCAAUCUCAGUCGCUGCGUCACAGUCGGCAGUAAACCGGGAUUUCUCACGCAUGCCAGGAACACUUACAAGACGAUGAAAGUUACUACUAUAAAUUUAUUCUACAAGAUUGUAAAUUUAUUUCAGGCAUUGCAUGUAACACAAACCUUUCCCCGCAAUUUAGAAUACAUAAUUUUUUUUCCCAAAA